AUGCAAAGCCCGUCCAAACCUCAGUUUGCCCGCUGGCUCAUCGAGCAGGUGGAGACGGGUCAGUACGAGGGUCUGCGCUACGUGGACCAGAACAAGAUCCGAGUCCCCUGGAAGCACAACUCCAGGAAGGACUGCAACGACGAGGACAGCAAGAUAUUCCGGGCCUGGGCAGUGGUGAGCGGAAAAAUAACAGAGUUCCCAAACGACAAGGCGAGGUGGAAAACCAACUUCCGUUGUGUGCUCAACAACCUCGGCGCGCGCUUCAAGUUGAUAAAAGAUAAUUCCAAGAAUCUAGACGACCCUCAUAAGAUCUAUGAGAUCAUCAACACCGAGUACAAUUAUGAAAAUCUGCCGACGCAGAACUCUCAGGAGGAUUUGGACAUGACUUCAGAUAUCUACAGUCCUUCCACUGAGUUUCUCCCCUUACUGAACAAGCACAAUCUGCUUAAUGAUUUAAUGGCUUUGGAUCUUGGCACCCAACCAGCAGAGGAGCAGCUGUGGGUGGAGACCUGUGUCCACCAUGGUCCUGCUGUUUUUGGAAGCUACCCUGCUGCAGCAGAGAACAUCCCUCAGUUUUUACCAGACCAGCCAAUCUACAGUGAGGUAAAUCCUGCCCCAGUCCUCAGUCCACCUCAGCAGCUAGGUCUGUAUGAUUUGGAGAUUUCCAUCCACUACCGAAAAAAGGAAAUGCUGAAGACAACGCUGCAAACCAACCGUCUUCAACUCCACUACCACAGCGAGGCCCCGGAGUUCAACGCCCAUCAUCUCUGCUUCCCUUCCACCGAGGGUCUGCUGGACCAUAAACAGACUGAAUACACCAACCGCAUCCUCAGCAGCAUCCAGCGUGGUCUGUUACUGGUGGUGCACGAACAUGGUAUAUAUGCUACGCGACACGACAAAUGCCAUGUUUUUGCAAGCACCAGUGACCCCAGUGUGGCUCACCCCAACGCCCAGAAAUUACCCACAAACACCACGGUGGAGCUUCUCAGUUUUGAAAAAUUUGUUAAUGAGCUUAAACAGUUCAAGGAAAACAAUGGCAGCUCUCCUGAAUACACAAUCAACAUGUGCUUUGGAGAAAAGUUUCCUGAUGGAAAACCGUUAGAAAAGAAGCUCAUCGUUGUGAAGGUGGUACCUCUAAUCUGCAGAUCCCUUCAUGACAUGGCCCAAACGGAGGGGGCUUCUUCACUUCACAGCACCAACAUCAGCCUUCAGAUUUCACACAACAGCCUCUUUGACCUCAUCAACUCUGUGUUCGCUCUCCCAGGAGCUGAAGAGCCACCACAGCUGACGACCGCGCCUUCCUUUGCUCACAUGUGAAAUUAAUCACUCUGAUGCGUUAAAGCAGCUAAAGUUGGAAAGAACUAAAUUAGCUUCUUACAAAUACAGCAUGAUCGAAUAUCAUCGUUCAUCUUUGAUUCACUUUACAAACUGAUUUU